ACCUUUUGCUGCGCUUUCUGAAACGGCCUCCGAAACCUACGCCCGCUUCUCAUGCGCUUCUUCUGGCUCUUGCAGCAUCCUUUUCGAACCGUUUCCGAGCGAAUCGCGCCGAUUUGAUUAUCGAUUAUCAGCAAGCGGCGCAGGUAUCAUGUUUCUUAGGUAGGGCCCGGAUGUUCCAAAGAUGCACUGGUUCGUUUUCUUAGGUGGUUCCUGCGAUUAUCCUUUCCUGAUCUUUAGCUCCAUAAUGGGGAUCAGGUAAUAUUAACUAAGCCGCAAGAGAAGGAAUAUCUUACGCUUUGCGUUUUUUAGUUUUUCUUCCCCCUUUUUUCUUUCAUUUCUUUCCCUUGGGUUGUUUUUUCCUACCCCCUCCUUUUUUUUUACAACAUUUUCUUCAUUCACCUUCGGAUAAAGCUGGACCACAUAUAUGGUAAAUGAAAGCAAAAACAUGUACAUACCGGAGGACACCCUUGAAAACCAUCAAGGCUCCAACUAUUCCAGUCCGUCGUUGGCUCCAGUCCCCAGUCUGAAUGAGGACGAGCAUGUGGGGGACGGGGGUGGGGUGCUGGGUCUUGCACCUGAACACAUUCCCACCCCUGGUGCCCCCCUCAACUGGCAGGCAGCCAUCAACGCGGCACGGCAGGCCAAGCUGAUGGGCACCACCGCAGCCCCGAUCUGCACUGCGAGCUCCACACAGCGCAAACGCCAGCACUACACCAAACCCAAGAAACAGGCCAGCACUGCCUCCACGCGCCCACCCCGAGCCCUUCUCUGCCUCACUCUUAAAAACCCUAUCCGCAGGGCGUGCAUCAGUAUUGUGGAAUGGAAACCGUUUGAAAUCAUAAUUUUGAUGACUAUUUUUGCAAACUGUGUGGCCUUAGCUGUCUACAUCCCUUUCCCAGAGGACGAUUCCAACGCAACCAACUCAAACCUGGAACGGGUGGAGUAUCUCUUUCUGAUCAUUUUUACGGUGGAAGCAUUUCUCAAAGUUAUUGCAUACGGGUUGCUGUGUCACCCUAAUGCGUACCUGCGGAACGGCUGGAACUUGUUGGAUUUCAUCAUCGUGGUGGUAGGGCUGUUCAGUGCAAUAUUAGAGCAGGCCACUAAAGGGGAUGGUGGGACUUCAAUGGGAGGCAAGGCUGCAGGGUUUGAUGUAAAAGCCCUGCGAGCCUUUAGAGUGUUGAGACCUCUGAGACUCGUAUCUGGAGUACCUAGUUUACAGGUGGUGCUGAACUCCAUCAUUAAAGCCAUGGUUCCCCUCCUGCACAUCGCUCUGCUCGUUCUGUUCGUCAUCAUCAUUUAUGCCAUCAUCGGCCUCGAGCUCUUCAUGGGCAAGAUGCACAGAACCUGUUUUUUCUUCAAAGAUGGACACAAAGGUACUAUAUCUGAAGAGAAGCCGGCCCCCUGCGCCCCAAGCUCCACCCAUGGACGACACUGCUCCCCGACCAACAUAACGCAGUGCAUGAUGGGAUGGGCAGGCCCAAAUGAUGGAAUCACGAACUUUGAUAACUUUGCAUUUGCCAUGCUGACUGUGUUUCAAUGCAUCACGAUGGAGGGCUGGACUGACGUCCUGUACUGGAUGCAGGAUGCCAUGGGUUAUGAGCUUCCAUGGGUCUAUUUUGUCAGUCUGGUCAUCUUUGGAUCCUUUUUCGUUCUAAAUUUGGUUCUGGGUGUGUUGAGAACAGAGUUCUCUAAAGAGCGAGAAAAGGCCAAAGCUCGCGGUGAUUUCCAGAAGCUCCGUGAGAAGCAGCAGCUGGAGGAGGAUCUAAAGGGCUACCUGGACUGGAUCACUCAGGCGGAGGACAUCGACCCUGAGAACGACGACGAGGGACUGGAUGACGACAAGCCUAGAAAUCUGAGUAUACCGGCCAGUGAAAAUGAGUCAGUGAACACUGAUAAUGCUCCCGCUGGAGACAUGGAGGGAGAGACCUGCUGUACUCGCAUGGCAAAUAGGAUCUCCAAAUCCAAAUUCAGUCGAUAUUCACGCCGAUGGAAUCGGUUAUGUCGGCGCACGUGCCGUGCAGCAGUGAAGUCAAAUGUGUUCUACUGGCUGGUGAUUUUCCUGGUAUUUUUGAACACGCUUACCAUUGCCUCUGAGCACCACCAGCAGCCAGACUGGCUCACCAAUGUACAAGAUAUCGCCAAUAAGGUGAUGCUGGCUCUUUUUACCGGUGAGAUGCUGCUGAAGAUGUACAGCCUGGGCCUACAGGCCUAUUUCGUCUCCCUUUUUAACCGCUUCGACAGUUUUGUGGUGUGCGGUGGAAUUCUGGAGACUAUCCUGGUAGAGACUAAGAUCAUGUCGCCCCUCGGCAUCUCUGUGCUGCGCUGUGUGCGUCUGCUCCGCAUCUUCAAGAUCACCAGGUACUGGAACUCUCUCAGUAAUCUAGUGGCGUCUCUGCUGAACUCGGUGCGCUCUAUCGCGUCCCUGCUUCUGCUACUCUUCCUGUUCAUCAUCAUCUUCAGUCUGCUCGGAAUGCAGCUCUUUGGUGGCAAGUUCAACUUUGACGAGACGCGCCGCAGCACCUUCGAUAACUUCCCCCAGUCUCUCCUCACCGUCUUUCAGAUUUUGACCGGAGAGGACUGGAACUCUGUGAUGUUUGAUGGGAUCAUGGCGUACGGUGGGCCCUCCUUUCCUGGCAUGCUUGUCUGCAUUUAUUUCAUCAUCCUCUUCAUCUGCGGAAACUACAUCCUCCUGAAUGUCUUCUUGGCCAUUGCCGUGGACAACCUGGCAGACGCAGAGAGUCUGACAUCAGCGCAGAAAGAGGAAGAGGAGGAGAAAGAGAGGAAGAAGCUGGCCAGAACGGCCAGUCCAGAGAAGCGCCAGAACUCUGAGAAACCACCUCUGGAGGAUGAAAAGAAAGAGGAAAAGAUUGAACUAAAAUCCAUCACUUCUGAUGGAGAGACACCAACUGCUACCAAGAUCAACAUAGAUGAGUACACAGGGGAGGAGAAUGAGGAGAAGAACCCAUAUCCUGUGAACGAUUUCCCAGCAGCAGCGGAGGACGAUGAGGAGCCAGAGAUGCCAGUAGGUCCUCGUCCACGUCCACUCUCCGACAUUCAGCUGAAGGAGAAAGCUGUCCCCAUGCCAGAAGCCAGAGCUUUCUUUAUUUUCAGCCCCGAUAACAAGUUCAGGGUUUUGUGUCAUAAGAUUGUAAACCACAACAUCUUCACCAAUUUAAUCCUGUUCUUUAUACUGCUGAGCAGUAUUUCACUGGCAGCGGAGGACCCAGUGAAUAAUGACUCAUUCAGGAAUCAGAUUCUAGGCUAUGCAGAUUAUGUGUUUACAGGAAUCUUCACCAUAGAGAUCAUACUGAAGAUGACAACGUAUGGAGCAUUCCUACAUAAGGGUUCAUUUUGUCGGAAUUAUUUUAAUAUUUUGGAUCUGGUGGUGGUCAGUGUGUCUCUGAUCUCCUCUGGAGUUCAGUCAAGUGCCAUUAAUGUAGUGAAGAUUCUCAGAGUGCUGAGGGUGUUGAGGCCCCUGAGAGCAAUCAACAGAGCCAAGGGCCUCAAACAUGUGGUCCAGUGUGUGUUUGUAGCCAUCCGUACCAUCGGGAACAUCGUUAUCGUCACCACUUUGCUGCAGUUCAUGUUUGCCUGUAUUGGUGUUCAACUUUUCAAGGGCAAAUUCUUCUACUGCACAGACACCUCUAAACAGACACAGUCCGAAUGCAGGGGGUCCUAUAUAUUAUUCAAAGAUGGGAAUGUUGGGAAGCCAGUGAAAUCACAGCGUUCAUGGGAGAACAGUGACUUCAACUUUGAUGAUGUCCUGCAGGGCAUGAUGGCUCUGUUUGCCGUGUCCACUUUUGAGGGUUGGCCAGGGCUCCUCUACAGAGCCAUUGACUCCCAUGCAGAGGAUGUUGGUCCAGUCUACAACUACCGUGUGAUCAUCUCUAUAUUUUUCAUCAUCUACAUCAUCAUCAUUGCCUUCUUCAUGAUGAACAUAUUCGUAGGUUUCGUCAUUGUGACAUUUCAGGAGCAGGGAGAGCAAGAGUACAAAAACUGUGAGCUGGACAAGAACCAGCGUCAGUGUGUGGAAUAUGCCCUGAAGGCUCGUCCCCUGCGCAGGUACAUCCCCAAGAACCCGUAUCAGUACAAGGUAUGGUACGUGGUGAACUCUACCUACUUUGAGUACCUGAUGUUCACCCUCAUUCUUCUCAACACCAUCUGCCUGGCCAUGCAGCAUCAUGGCCAAUCUCAAUCGUUCAGCAAAGCCAUGAAUAUCCUCAAUAUGUUGUUCACCGGCCUAUUCACUGUGGAAAUGAUCCUCAAACUCAUCGCCUUCAAACCCAGGCAUUAUUUUGUUGAUGCAUGGAACACAUUUGAUGCCCUUAUUGUAGUGGGUAGUGUUGUUGAUAUAGCCAUCACGGAGGUUAACCCAGCUGACCCCUCCUCCUCUCCCCCCUCUUCUGUGGUAAGACCAAUGGGCCUCCAAAACACUGAAGAUAAUGCCAGGAUCUCAAUCACGUUCUUUCGGCUGUUCCGUGUGAUGAGGCUGGUGAAGCUCCUGUCUCGGGGAGAGGGCAUUCGGACGCUGCUCUGGACCUUCAUUAAAUCCUUUCAGGCUCUUCCCUAUGUUGCUUUGCUGAUCGUAAUGCUGUUCUUCAUCUACGCCGUCAUUGGGAUGCAGAUGUUCGGUAAGAUUGCCCUGAGGGACAACAGCCAGAUCAACCGAAACAACAACUUUCAGACGUUUCCUCAGGCUGUUCUGCUGCUCUUCAGGUGUGCAACAGGGGAGGCGUGGCAGGAAAUCAUGCUGGCCUGUUCUCCGAACCGCCCGUGUGAGAAGGGGUCAGAGGUCAACCACAACAGUGAAGACUGUGGCAGCCACUUUGCCAUCAUCUACUUUGUUAGCUUUUAUAUGCUUUGCGCCUUCCUGAUCAUUAACCUCUUUGUGGCCGUCAUCAUGGACAACUUUGACUAUUUAACACGUGAUUGGUCGAUAUUGGGGCCGCAUCACCUGGAUGAGUUUAAGAGGAUAUGGGCAGAAUACGAUCCUGAGGCCAAGGGUCGGAUAAAGCACCUGGAUGUGGUGACGUUGCUGCGCAGGAUUCAGCCUCCCCUUGGAUUUGGAAAGCUUUGUCCACAUAGAGUGGCGUGCAAGCGGCUUGUGUCCAUGAACAUGCCUCUCAAUAGUGACGGGACGGUGAUGUUCAACGCAACUCUCUUUGCUCUGGUACGAACGGCUCUACGCAUCAAAACUGAAGGUAACCUGGAGCAAGCAAAUGAGGAACUCCGGGCCAUCGUGAAGAAGAUCUGGAAGAGGACGAGCAUGAAGCUGCUGGAUCAAGUCGUUCCCCCUGCUGGAGAUGAUGAAGUAACAGUGGGGAAGUUCUAUGCCACAUUUCUGAUUCAGGAAUACUUCAGGAAAUUUAAGAAGCGCAAGGAACAGGGCCUGGUGUCCAAAAUUCCUCCAAAGACGGCUCUUUCACUGCAGGCUGGCCUGCGUACACUGCAUGAUAUGGGUCCUGAGAUUAGAAGAGCGAUAUCAGGAGACCUGACUGUGGAGGAGGAGCUGGAGAGAGCCAUGAAGGAAACCGUGUGUUCUGCAUCUGAGGAUGAUAUCUUCAGGCGGUCUGGCGGUCUCUUCGGUAACCACGUCGACUACUACCACCAGAGUGACGGCCACGCCUCCUUCCCACAGUCCUUCACAACACAGCGGCCGUUGCACAUCAGUAAAUCCGGGAGUCCCGGCGAAGCAGAAUCUCCGUCUCAUCAGAAGCUCGUCGACUCCACCUUCACUCCGAGCAGUUAUUCUUCCUCGGGAUCCAACGCAAACAUUAACAACGCCAACAACACAGCCAUCGGACACCGGUACCCCAAACCUACCGUCAGCACAGUGGACGGACACACGGGGCCGCCCCUCACCACCGUCCCACUACCACGGCCCACAUGGUGCUUUCCUAACAAGAGGUAUGAUGACAUAUGCUUUCUGUAGUGGAAUGCAAAUGUGCGAAUUAAUGGGGAGAUGCUCAGGUUUGUCAGAAUCUGGUUCCUGAUUGUGGUUUGUCUCGCCCCUGAUUGUCUCAUGUGGACCAGGAGCUGUUUCUAUGAAACUUUCAUGCGG